AUGGAUUUUCUGUACCUGGUUUCCACACCAUCUGUCAACGUGUUCGCUGCUGCCACAACAACUCAAUCCAUCACUUCUUCUACAGCCAAAAUCACGGUCUUCGGUGCUGCCAGAGUGCAGCAUGAGGUUCGAAAUCAGGAUGCGUCUGAGGUUAAUGGUUCCAGUGGCUUGAUUCAACAGGGGUGUAAGGAAAUGAGUCCACCAGGUAAUAAGGUUGGGAGGAAGAGUUUGAAGAGGAAAACAAGAAGGAAGGUGAAACAAAACCUGCAGAGCCGUCAUGUGUCAUCAUCCCAUGAUACUUCUGUUGGCUCCAGUGUCCUAGAAGUUCAGUUGGAAGAGCCCUGUGGAAGCUUGGCUGCUCAAACACCACUCUCGGAAUGCAGCAUUAACAGCAAAACUGAAGGAGCUGGUGUCAUGAUCAAUCCAGUCGGCUUCCAUAAACCACAGAAGAAAAGAAGAGGCCAUGUUGUUGUUGCUCUGCCUUCUUCUGCAGCAAAGAAAGGUGUGUCUACCACGACAACAACUGGAACCACCGCAACAACUAGUUCGCGUCAACAAAUCGCUAAGGAAAACAGCUACUCCGUGUGGCAGAAGGUUCAAAGGAAUGAAUUGGAGGUACGUGAAUCUGAUGCGGUAAAGAUUGGUCAUGCGCGGAAAGAGGGUGCUUUUGUUAAAAGGAAUCAUGUAGAAGUGUCUAAGGUAAACACACCAUCCAGAGCAAAAGAUAGAAGGCAGCCAAAACACAAUGCUCCAAAGAAGUUGAAAAGGAGAAUUCUGCACUUGAAACGAGAUACAUGUAGCAAGUGUCGUGGCUUCAGAGCCUCAUCCCCCCACAAGUUUGGUCUUAAUGGUAAAAACAUGGUAAAAUGUGUUCCAAGGCUGUCUUAUAAGAACGAUUUCCCUGAAUGUGGGUUCCAGUCCCUUAUACUUGAGUAUGUCGAUCCCAAACCGGCAGAUCAUGAUUUGCAUGUUGCCAAAAAUGACGCAUCAGAGCUUGCCAAAACUAGCCAUGAUCCCGAGCAUAGUAUGACAGAGAACUUCACGGAGAGUCGGGAUGCCUCACUGUUGGAGUUGUGCAAUUCUUUGAAUCAAAAUGUACUUCAGGUGCAGGAGCACCCAGUUUCCACACCUCAAGCUUUGCCCAACAAUAAUGUUUACCACAUAACCAAAGAAGUUGAAACUACAUAUUUCAACAAGCAGAGCCAUGGCUCCUCUGGAUCUAUUCUGCAGAAGUGGAUACCCGUUGGGGUAAGGGAACCAGAGUUCACCAUGUCUGAUGAAUUGGAGAAGACGAAAGUUGCCACCAAUUCCCCAGAUCAAGUUUCUGAAGAUGACGACAUUUCUAAUAGAGAUGAAUCUGAUAAAAAGAUGGACAGUUCAUAUGAUUCUAGAUCAGAGCAAGUUAAUCAAGGUGUAGCUAGUACUUGCCUAGUAAUCUCACCUCGUCUUCAAGAGUUGACUACUUCUGAAGUUGUGGGUUUGGAGGGGAUAUUGAAAGCGGUACAUGAUACACUUGAGAUGCAAUUGGCAUCUGAAGCCAUAGAGGUAGCCACAGGCUGUCCAAUAGCCGAAUUUGAAAGACUUCUUCAUUCAUCUUCUCCGAGAUGCCAAAGCCGGUCACUCAACCAAGUUUGUCAGACACCACUUGGCAGAAACGAGACACCUAACAUUUCUCUCCAAUCUCUAUGGAAGUGGUACAAAAGGCACGGGAUAUGUGGGUUAGAAGUCAGAGCAGAAGAUCAUCGAAACUCAAAUAGAUUCGGCAUUGAUCAACUUUCAUUCCGUGCUUACUUUGUUCCCUUUCUAUCAGCAGUUCAACUGUUCAGGAAGAGCGAGGGGAAAGCUGAUACACAGACUAAUGACUCGGUCCAAUUUGUUCCUAAGACUUCAACCGGGCAUAAGGCAGAGCUCCUUUUUGAAUACUUUGAAUCAGAAAGACCUCAGAUAAGGCAACCACUAUAUGAGAAGAUACAUGAACUGGCCAGAGGUGAUGACCAUUCAGGGAGGAAAAUGUUUGGAGAUCCCUCUACUUUGGUCUCUAUGAAUUUACCAGAACUGCACAAAAAAUCAUGGUAUUCGGUGGCAUGGUAUCCGAUAUACAAGAUACCAGACGGCACCUUACGAGCUGCAUUCUUGACAUACCAUUCAUUUGGACAUUUGGUGGAAAGAAGACCCAAAUUUGGUUCUCGAACCAUGGUUUGCCCAGUUGUGGGUCUCCAGAGUUAUAAUGCUCAGGAGGAGUGCUGGUUUCAACCACGGCAUCAUGCCAUGGAUUGCCAGGCGACAGAAGAAGGCAUGUUGGAACCAAGCCAAGUCCUGAAGGAGAGGCUGAGAACACUUCAAGAGACGGCAAGUUGCAUGGCUAGAGCCUCAGUAAACAAAGGUGAUGAGAAGUUUGUGAAGAAUUGGCAUCCUGACUAUGAGUUUUUCCUCUCCAGGCAACUCUAGUUGAUGAGUUUGUGUUGAUUCAAGUGUUCCACAUACUAUUUUGGUGUGUGUUAAGUAGUGUAGAGGGGGAAAAGAGGCAAAUAAAGCCUCUCCUUCCUUAAAUAUUGAAGAAUGUUUCUUUUUCUUUGUUUAGAUUAAUACUAGUUGAUCAAAUUUC